GUAACUCAAAAAUCAUUGUGGCAACUAGCUAUCCAUGCACUGAAGAAAGAAUUUGUCGAAAAUGGCAAGAACGAUUUUGUCUCUCUGCCUUCUGCUAACAUGUGUAGCAAUGACAGUUGCAGUCAAAUUCUCAAUGGCUCCAAUGUCAAAAGUCUACAACAGUAAAGUGACUUAUGUGUACCACCAUCCCAAAGCAGCACCUCAGAGCUAUAGGCAACACAUCCCAGAGGGAGUCGAGGAGAUUGCACGACCCAAAGCAUGCGAUUUACAUUGCAAACCUUUCUCCAUUCUCAAUCGACACACAUGUGAGUGUGAGCCCUGUCAGAACACCUGUCAAUUCGGUCAACAGCGUAACCCCGAGACUUGUCAGUGUGAGUGUCCAGAAAGGGACGCUUGUCGUCCUCCACAGAUAUUCGAUGAUGUCAUUUGUGCCUGCAGAUGCAGAAACAUUCAAAAGUGCAGCUCUUCCGGACAAUUUUUUGACCUUGAUACUUGUACCUGUCUAUGCACCCUGGAGUGCAGACCACAUCAAUUCCUGGAUCUAUCCCGCUGCGUGUGUAUAGACAUCCCAACUCAACCCCCCACAAGACCCCCCACAAGACCUCCCACCAGACCUCCCACCAGACCCCCCACCAGACCUCCGACUAGACCCCCCACCAGACCUACCCCCAGACCAACAGCCUCACACCCCCCGGCCCCCACCUGCCCAAAAUAUGCCGAGCACCGAUGCAGCAGUCGCCAAGUGUUCAAUCCCUCAACUUGCAAGUGCAUGUGCAAAGCCAACUUCAACCCCUGCAAUGAGCUACAGAUAUGGAACGAAGACACUUGUGAAUGCGAAUGUGACCUGGUAUUUCCUGCCGCAGUGCAAGUCGAUGACUCAACUGGAACCAGAUCUGGAUCCAGCAGCACCGGAGGUAGCAGAUCUGGAAGCAGCAGCAGCAAUUCUGGAAGUAGCAAAUCUGGAAGCAGCAAGAGUGGAAGUUCUGGUUCAAAAAAGUCCAAAAGCAAAUCACGAAAGCGAGGGAAGAGGUCUCCACGCAAAUCCAAGAGCGGUUCCCGUUCUGGUUCCUCCAGCAAGUCAUCUGGUUCCUCUAGCAGGUCAUCUGGUUCCUCCAGCAGAUCAUCUGGUUCCUCCAGCAGAUCAUCUGGAACCAAGUCUGAGACCGAGUUCACAUUCCCCAGUGCCACUAGAUUCUGUCCAGCAGGGCAGCGCCUUAACAAGAGAACGUGCAGAUGCCACCAAGUGCUGUCUCAAGAAGUAAUAUGCACUAGUCAAGACGAAGAUGUGUGUACUGAUAUGGGAACGAUAUUGGACGAGGAAACAUGUAACUGCACAUGUGACGAAACACUGUGUCCCAGUCCACAAAUCCCCGAUGUCGAUAACAUGUGCACGUGUGAAUGCCCUGGGCCUAUAUCGCCAUGCACAGUCCCUCAACAGUUCAACACCAGCGCAUGUGAGUGUGAGUGCCCAAACGAACCCCUCAACUGCGUCUUUCCUCAAAGUUACAAUGAUGUCACUUGCCAGUGCGAAUGUCCUUCAAUGCCACCAGUAUGCACACCACCUCGGAUGUUCAGUGAUGUAACAUGUGGCUGUGUCUGUCCCGAACCAAUCGAGCAAUGCACAGGUGGAAACCUCUUUAAUCAAAACAUAUGUGAAUGUGCUUGUCCGAUAAAUCCAUCCACUUGUGAUGUUCCUCAAACUUUAAACGAUACGGACUGUGAGUGCAGGUGUCCAACAGUUGAGGCAUGCGUGGGCGGGAACAUGUUCGAUCCUAACACCUGUGCGUGUGAAUGCUCUAUAACGACUUGUAUGGCACCACUGAUUGUUGAUACUACUCCCUGUGCGUGCGUAUGUCCAAAUAUUGUUUGCACUGGAUUGACUACGUUUGAGCCCUCUACUUGUGAAUGUGUCUGCCCCCUCACCUCUUCCUCCUGUAUGGCCCCAUUCAUUUUAAACGAGCCCACUUGUGAAUGUGUCUGCCCCCUCACCUCUUCCUCGUGUACGGCAUCAUUUGUUUUCAAUGGACCCACUUGUGAAUGUGUCUGCCCCCUCACCUCUUCCUCGUGUACGGCACCGUUCGUUUUCAAUGGACCCACUUGUGAAUGUGUCUGCCCCCUCACCUCUUCCUCGUGUACAGCACCAUUCAUUUUCAAUGGACCCACUUGUGAAUGUGUCUGUCCCCUAAGCUCUUCCUCGUGUACGGCACCAUUCAUUUUCAAUGGACCCACUUGUGAAUGUGUCUGCCCCCUAAGCUCUUCCUCGUGUACGGCACCAUUCAUUUUCAAUGGACCCACUUGUGAAUGUGUCUGCCCCCUAACCUCUUCCUCGUGUACGGCACCAUUCAUUUUCAAUGAGCCCACUUGUCAAUGUGUGUGCCCGAAUACCAAUUGUCCAGGUCUGAGCAUCUUCAAUUCAGAUACAUGUCAGUGUAUGUGUCCCCCAACCACUUGCUCAUCACCACAGAUCUUAAAUUCAAGCAGUUGUGGUUGCGAGUGCCCGGAAGUUAUUGGUUGCUCACCAAACAUGAUGUUCGACUCCGCCUCAUGUAGUUGUGAAUGUACGACAUUUCCUGCAUGUCCAGCUCCUUUUGAGGUUAUUGAUUGCACCUGUACUUGUCCGAAUACUGCUAACUGCCUGCAAACACAAAUUUUUAGCCCGACAACAUGCGAAUGCGAGUGUCCCAACACCUGUUCAGGGAACCAGGUACAGGAUUCGGAAACCUGUCAGUGUUCAUGUCCCGAUACCAACUGCCCAAACAAUCAAGUCCUCUCUGAAGACUGCACAGAAUGUGUGUGUUCGGCCUCGGCCAGAAUGACGUGUAAUGACUACCAAGAAUUCGACGAAGAAACAUGCGAGUGUGAAUGCUCCUUCACUGAGUUUCCCCCGGCUUGUGUCUGCGAUGAGGAAACGAGUGGAACAACAAGAAGAACAAAAACCACUCGAUCAGGUUCUAGUUCCAGUACAAAAAGAAGGUCUUUACGUCGUACCAAAAAGAAAGGAAAAGGCAAAUCUAGAAAGAGCUCAACAACCUGCAGUUGCGAUGAUAGCAGCGAAACAACUACUAAGAAAUCAAGGCGAUCAAAACGAAUAAUUAAUGACAUCUCGAAACGGUCUCCCCACAGCCACUCCCGUAGCAGCAGCAGCAGUAGCAGCAGCAGCGGUAGCAGCAGCAGUAGCAGCAGUAGCAGCAGCAGCAGCAGCAGCAGCAGCAGCAGCAGUAGCAGCAGUAGCAGUAGCAGCAGCAGUAGCAGUACUGAUAACUCGAUGGUUCCAGCUGCGAUCAAUGGCCCAAUCUGCUCGGGCCAAGAGGUCUUUGAUUUCACCCAAUGCAAUUGUGUAGCUGCGUAAAGAACAAAACAAAACCCACUCCACUAGAAAGAAAACAAUUUUAAAGACUGAUGCAUAGUGGUAGAUACCCCUUGUAUGAAAUAUUAUUUCAAUUUAUUAUCAUUGUAAAUAUACAUGUAUAUUCCUGUGGUAUAUUAUUAUACUCUCUCACA